GAGCGAACGCUGUGCAUCUUCAUGGUAUUUGAUACAUCUACGAACACAUUCCCGCAUUUUACAUCUCCAUCAUGUCUGCAAACAACUUCACUGGCACCAACCCCACUGGGGCUACCCACACCACCACUGGCGCCGCCAACCCCACAACCACAUCUACUACCACUGGCGGUAACAAGGGUGCUGAGGUUGGUCAAGGACUAAAGGGCCUGUUUGCCAAGGGUCAUGGCAUUGGCGAAUCUAUCCGCGGCAACAUCAACGGAGCCAUUGACGGAUUCACUGGUGACAACGCCUCUCUGGCAAAGAAUGAGCAAGUUGCUCGCGGUGGUGAACAGGAGUUCAGAACUGGAGACUUUGUCAAGAAGGGCACCACCGACAAGGCCCUGUAGACACGAGUGCCACAUCCUUCCUCUGCUCCACAUUAUGAUACCCAACCUCGAUACAUAGAUAUCAUCAGCAAUGAACAACCUAACGACACAAAUCGACGACGCAAUGAUGUUUUGAGCCUUGACGUGUGAUUGAACAUGGACGUUG